CCUUACGUGGUUACGUCACGACGUUCUUCGUCUGCGUGUUUAUCGUGUUAUGAAGGAGUAGCUGCUAACUAGCAAGCACUGAUCCUCGUCUCCAAACAUGCUCUGAUUUUACAGCUGGCAGGUGAGUUAAUUUUGUUUACGCAUAUUAGAGACAUGUAGAUGUUUCCCGCGACCCUAGUUUUUAGUUUUAAAACCAAGAAAGACGACAUAAACCGAGCAUUCAAAGUCGCAAAACGCCGAAGGUCGUUAUUCUGUUAGCAAAAUAUGCUAGCAUUGCGAGCUAACUUAGCUCAUUAACUGGCGACUCCAGCAUAAACAGUAACUUUACAAGCUCACAGCAUACAGUGUAGUUCUAUUAUUGCAUUUUUUUGUCUUAUGGUGUCAAAGGCUUCCAUAAGUUGUAACGUGGCAGGAGGAAAAAUCGAGGACACGGUUUAAUCAGCUGACUGUUUAAAGAACUUUCAUGGCAAUACGAAACAGCUGUUGACCGACCCUGAUAUCUGCUCACCCCACAGAACUAUAAGGACUUUUCCACGGUCCUAAACCACGUGAUAAAUGCAACAUUAUUUCCACCUGUUAUUUUGGUUGUCAAGUCAAAUGUCUUUUUUGCUUGUUAUUGAAAACUGUUAUCAUGUGUCGUUAUAUAAAUGAAAGCAGCCAUGGUUUGUGUAAACUCCGAUCAGUAUCUUGUGUUAGGUAGCUUCGACCUGAAUGUAAGGGGGUAAGGCAGUUCUGUGUACUGUGUACAACCUUUGUCACGUUGAACUCUCUGAUCCCUGUUUAAAAACACACUGUUCUUCUGUACAUUUGCAUGUUGUGUAGUUCCUUUGAGGCGUGAAACAAACAGGACUCAGUUUUCUCUGUCAACAUUCAGGGAUGGGCAGAUACACUGUUCCGUCCCGUGUGUCAUGCUUUUAAUAUGACCUAAAUAAUGCACAACAAACAAGUGUCAAUCAUAUUCCAUUCCUAAGUUAAAGAAUAAACACACAGUUUUGAGUAGUUCUGGCUUCUUAAGUUCUUCAGAGUUUGCAAAAAUGUCUAUCUUUGUAUUGGACUGAUACAUAUGUUAAGAUUUAGUGUGUUGCUUGAACAAAACAAGGAACUGUGGAUCUUAUUACCUGUGUUCUUUUGAGUUAUUUACUGAGUGAUAACAUUGAGUUAAUGAUAAGUUGCAGUCAUGGUAUAUUGCAGUUAAACUCGUGGAAAUUCAACUGUAAAGGUGUUUUUAGAUGAACCUACCACCUGUUGAUGUUUUGGGGGCCCUCAGUUAAUUUAAAGACAUAACCCAGAAGAUUUUCCUUUCUCAUCUAAUGCAAAAACAGAAACUUUAAAGGUGGGGUAGGCAGGAUCUGAGGAAGUGCCAAUUUUUAGGAGAAAUCUUGAAUGUAAUUACUACCCCUCCCGACCAGUUUUCCCCUCAGCUCCUCCAUCUCUGCUCCAGCAAGCCCCAUCCACAAACAGACACUCCUGCUCGCUUGUGUCGUGUCAAUUUAAUUCCGAUGAUUACAAAUGGGGCCCAGUCAGUGUGAAAGUAAAAAGCAUUGGUGCUACUGCAGAUGCCAACAGACUACCAGCAAACACAAUGUUUGCAGGACUUCUACAACCAGGAAAAUGACAUACUCCAGGACCCGAGCUAAACAGUUUAGUGGCACUACAACAAGCAGCAGGUCCCUUUUGACAAGAAACACUUCUGUUACAGACACUUGGCUUAUUUUGUUAAAGCGGUUUACCUGUCCAGCAGAAAGGUUACAGGGUCCGUAAGAUCGUGAAGCGUUCCCCAUCGUUUAUGUUGAUGUUGACCCAGCUUCUUAGCCCUUAUCCAGUCUACCUCCAUUUUAAGCGCCCGAUAUUCCACCAGAGUAUUUACUUUGUUUUAUUGCUUGUGUUUUUCAUACUUUCUGGUUGUUGUUUUUCUGUCCGAUAUUGUAGCACGCUAACUUUGUUUGGGCUCAUGAAUGCUAUUGGAGGACGUGGAGCGUGCCUCACAGCACGAGGGAGCAGCGUCUGCCCCAAACCCAUCAGCAUUAAGGAGCAGCGCCCGCCUCACAACCAAUCAGGUUGGGGGAGGCAGAGAAUGGCUUUGUUUACAGUCAGAAAGAGCGGGCGGCCUAUCCUUAUAUUCCCAAAUGUCAUCAAUAACUAACAGCUAUUGACCUUAAUUAAAAGCUUUUUUGUAUUUACACCACAAAAAAGAUGCUUCUCUAACAGAUUCCUGCCUACCCCACCUUUAAAUCACUCUUUAUUGAUCACUUUUGUCAAAAAUGGAUAAUCUGAUCUGCUGAUUGGAAUCGUCUUUUGUAUGUUGUUUUUUGUGUGCAGAUCGUGGAGGACAGAGAUGGCAGUGUGUGCACUGACCAUGUUGGAUGGUAUGGAGGGUGAGGUGACAGCGGCAGGGGGUGUGUUGCUCUUGGUCUUGGCCCUCGUCCUAGCUUGGCUCUCCACCCAUGUAGCUGACAGGGGAGAUCACAUACUUGGUACCAUCCUUACAGUGGGUGCUCACGCCUCUCUGAUUGGACUGGGUGGCCCAGAUAGCUACAACGGCGGGUCCCCCAGUACUGAUACCUCAGAACAGCAGACUCCUUCGCCAUCACAGGAGAACAAGCCAGAUGAUGGCGAACCUGGGACUGAGAGAGAGGAGGGCGAUGGGAUGAGUGAAGGAGCUGAUGAGGUUAGGACGGAUCUGCUGUUGGAUAUACAGAGCAAACAACCACAGGCUGGACUACCACAGGCUUCAGACGAGGAGGAGGAUGACGUGGAGGAGGAAGAGGAGGAUGAUGAUGAGCUUGAAGAGGAAGAGAAAAAGAUUUUAAUGCAUAUCCCAGUGUUGUCAAGCACCAUCACACCGACCACCACGACUUGCAUCUCUGUCCGUCUGAAGUUUCUGAAUGAUACAGAGGAGGUUGCUGUAGUAGAACCACAGGAUACAGUAGGGAUACUGAAAAGGUUGGUAAACAAACAUGCAUGUCUUAAUUAAUGACUUUCUGAAAAUCAGGGGGUUAGGAGCGCGGGCACGUUACCUGCACUACUCAAUAUAUAGACCCUGUAUAAGCUUAAACGUUACCCUUCACUUUGGUGGAAGAGGGUCCGACAGGAUUUGAUGCGCUUGUUGAUGACUCAGAACAAGUCGGAAAUAACGUUGUGUGUCGUUGUGCUCGCACAGCGCGAGUAGAAAUUAUUAGUGCCGCAUUGAUAAUAAUGCUUCUAAUGCUAUUAAUGCUACUCGCUAUAUAGACCGUAUAUGAGCUUGAACGUUACCUCUCACGUUGAUGGAAGAGGGUCCUACAGGAUUGGAUGUGCUCCUUGAUGACUCAUUACAAGUCAGAAAUAACGUUGUGUAUUGCUGUGCUCACACAGUGCGUGUAGAAUCAUUCAGUGGUGCACCGCUGCUGAAUGAAUGUAGGGGAAACACUGCUGAUACAUAUGAGUCUGAGGUAGAACUAUGUGAGAUAAAAACUAAUUUUUUUCAGGUGUGGCAGCAUUUUUUUUAGCCGUGGUGGUGCGCCACGAUCAAUUGAAUGUAGGGGAAACCCUGAUAUAUCAUUAUCGUUUUAUCGCCCAGCCCUAGCGACAAUGAACAAUGAGAAUCACUGUCCUCACCGUGAGGUUGCUAGGUAACUAGUAGAGACUCUAGGAAGUCAGAGAAACUCUCUUACAUAGACCUCUUGCAAAUCAUCCAUGUGGUGUGUGUUUAUUUUUGGUUGUGUCUUUGUUACUGUAGCCAACAGCCUACUCAUGUAGUAAGUUUUAGACUGAGAUUACCUUUGCAGCCUGUCUUUAUGCUAAUUUGAAUGAACCAUCAGUUUCUUUGUAUUGAUUAAGAUUUGACUGAUGUUAGGCUUUCUCUUCUGAACCUAUACAUGAAGCAAAGAGUCAUAUUUUCAUUCUGUUUGAUAUCUCUCUUACUAUCUCUAUGUCUCCAGUAAAUACUUCUCAGGUCGGGAGCAUCAAAUUAAACUCAUCUACCAAGGCCAGCUACUGCAGGACCCCAAGAGGACUCUAUUAUCCCUGAACAUCACUCACAACAGCGUGAUCCACUGCCACAUCUCCCAGACCUUGCAAGAGCCUGUCCCAGAGGAAGGGGCUCAGUCGGGGGCCGGAGUCGGGUCUGGAGUGUCAGGAGGAUUCAGGGCUGCUGGAGUGGCCAUCAGCACUGGCAGCCUGGUGGUGCCUGUGUUUGUGGUGAUACUGGCUGUGGUGUGGUACUUCCGCAUCAACUACAGGCAGUUCUUCACCGCCCCUGCGACCAUCUCCCUCGUGGGAGUCACUGUGUUCUUCAGCUUUUUGAUAUUCGGUAUGCACAGCCGCUGAAAAAUCUAAAGACCAGGGUGCACGUGUGCAGCUGAAUGUUGUGAGGUUAUGUAAAAAUAUCUACAGCAGUGGGUGGCGUCUGGAGGGACGGACAAAUUCAAAGAGGUGCUCAGUGCGGAUGCAACAGCUGAUUGGACCCUGCAGUGUGAGUGUGCGUAUGGGUGGCUAUGUGAGCCUGUUUGUGCAUGUACCAAGACAUAACAAUCGAUGAUUGUAAAACAUAGGAAAACUCUUCUAGAGCUGAACCAUAAUUUAGCCUCUCUACAGACACAUCUCUGUCGUUCACUCCAUGCUCAAACGCUGUCUCAUGUUGUCUGCUUGUACUGUUGCUAAAUAUCUGAUGCUUUCCUGUGCUUCAGUGGUUUUAUCGCCCACUGUUUGUAUCAAAACAUGAAAAUUAACAGCUAGACGCAAGGAUGGAAAACCUGUUUGGAACCACUUUCUGUUGUACUGUGUGUGCCAGUUUUUCUUUUUAUCUUUACUUUGUGUUUUUGAAUGAAUCAAUCUCUAUGUAAGCCACUGUGGACUGUACAGCUGCCUCAGUGCUAGCCUAAAAGAAUCUGAUAUUUUUGUUUCUCACAAGCUAUUGCUAUGUAGAGAUAGCCUAAUUUAAUUAAUCUUUAGUCAAGAAAGUAGACUUUUUGAGAAGAUAAUGUAAAUAUAUUGUGUAUUUUCUGUAAAUAAAAAUGAUAGAAUGAAUCAGAUGAACCUGCAUCUGGCACUUAAAGAUUUGGAGUGGGACAUUGCCCUUCUCCUGAUUAUGCUGGACUGCUCUGGCUUCAGUGAUGUCUCAAAUUAAAGCAUUUCAAAUGAA